AUGCCCACCAUGGCGCCAGUGGCCCCCGCCGCCCGCAUGACCACCAUCAUGCCCAUGGCCAGCAUGCCGCGAUGCAGCGUCUCCACCGGUCCAUGCUUUUGGGGCUACAGGUUUUGGACCCAUUCCCAGGCGUCCCCACACAGAUGGAUGAGACAGGCCCUCCCCACGGCGGCCGCCGUCGCGGACCUGUUCCCUCCCCCACCCGACUUGGCCUCCAAGGCUCACGUGACCAGCCAGGAUGAGUACGAGCGAAUGUACAGACAGUCGAUUGAGGACCCGGACGCCUUCUGGGGAGACCAGGCGUCGUCCUACCACUGGGAGACGCCCUGGUCGACGCCGAUCGUGGACUACAACUUCGACGUGCGCAAGGGGCCCGUGCAGAUCACGUGGUUCCCGGGUGCUCGGACCAAUCUGUGCUACAAUGCCGUGGACCGUCACGUGCUGGCAGGCGAUGGGGACAAGGUCGCGUUCCUGUGGGAGGGCAACGACCCGGGGGUGUCCAGCGCGAUGACCUACCGGCAGGUGCAGGAACAGGUGUGCAGGCUGGCGAAUUGGAUGAAGAGCGUGGGCGUGGGCAAGGGCGACGAUGUGACGAUUUACAUGCCCAUGACGCCGGAGCUGCCGAUCGCGAUGCUGGCCUGCGCACGUAUCGGCGCCGUGCAUUCCGUCGUCUUCGCGGGGUUUUCGGCCGCGUCGCUGUCCAGCCGCAUGCUGGACAGUAGCGCCAAGCUGGUGGUGACGUCCUCGGGCGUGCGCCGCGGGCCCAAAGUGCUCAACCUGAAACAGAUCGUCGACGAGGCGAUCGCGCUGUGCGCGGCCAAGGGCCACGACGUGGGCACCGUGCUCGUGGAGGACCACCAGACCGCCUUGAACAGGUCGGACGUGCCGUUUACGCCCAGCCGCGACGUGUGGUGGCACGACGCGCUGGCGCCCCAGCCCGCGGAAUGCCCGGUCUUGUGGCUGGACAGCGAGGAGCCGUCCUUCAAGCUGUACACCAGCGGCUCCACAGGCACACCCAAGGCCGUGCAGCACAGCAUUGGCGGGUACAUGGUGGGAUCUGGGGCCACGUUCAAGUAUGUGUUCGACUACCGCCCUGGCGACGUCUACUGGUGCACCGCGGACUGCGGCUGGAUAACCGGCCACUCGUACGUGACCUACGGCCCCAUGUUCAACGGCGCGACCCAGGUGCUGUUCGAGGGCGUGCCCACGUACCCGGACGCCGGCCGCAUGUGGGAGAUCGUCGACAAGUACAACGUCAGCCUGUUCUACACAGCGCCCACAGCCAUCCGCGCCUUGAUGGCCAAGGGGGACGAGCAGGUGAAGAAAUACAGCAGGCAGUCGCUGAGGCUGUUGGGCACGGUGGGGGAGCCAAUAAACCCGGAGGCCUGGCGGUGGUACCACGAGGUCAUCGGCGACUCCCGCUGCCCCAUAGUGGACACCUACUGGCAGACCGAGACUGGAGCACAUGUGCUGGCGCCCCUGCCAGGGGCCACCGCCCUGAAGCCUGGAUCGGCGACAUUCCCCUUCUUCGGAGUGCAGCCCGUCGUCCUGGACGACAACGGCAACGAGCUCGAGGGGCCCGCCACGGGGGUGCUGGCAAUGAAGGCGCCCUGGCCCAGCAUCAUGAGAACGGUCUCGGGCAACCAGCAGAGGUUCGAGGAAACGUACUUUUCUCUCUUCAAGGGGUACUACUUUUCUGGGGACGGCUGCCGCAGGGACGAGGAUGGGUACAUGUGGAUCACUGGGCGCGUGGAUGACGUGAUCAACAAUUCAGGCCACAGGAUAGGGACCGCUGAGGUGGAAAGCGCCCUCAUCACGCACCCGGCUGUGGCAGAGGCCGCAGUUGUGCCAGUCCCCCACGACAUCAAGGGCCAGGGAAUUUAUGCAUUCGUUACGCUCAUGCAGGAGCACGCCUACCCUCCGGAGGAGGCCCUGAAGAAAGAGCUCAUCGCCACCGUCAGGUCCACAAUAGGGCCCAUUGCCACACCUGACAACAUACACUGGGCACCCGGUUUGCCGAAAACCAGGUCAGGCAAAAUCAUGAGGCGGAUACUGAGGAAGAUUGCUUCCCUUGAGGAGAGCCAGCUGGGAGACGUGUCAACACUGGCGGACCCAUCAGUGGUUGAAACCCUGCUGUCUACGAGGGGGGUGUGA